AUGGUCUACACAGUCAGAUGGGGAAUCCUUGAAUUUGCCGGCGAUCUUCUCAAAGACCCGAGCACACGCAACACCACAGACGUAGCCCAUGUCGUGGCGGCGGUCGCGUCAUCUUCGGGCAAAGACCGUGCUCAGCGCUUUUGUCGUGAUAUUUGCAUCCCCGAAGCUUGCGCUGCCUACGGCUCAUACAGGGACCUUGUAAACGACGCCAACGUCGACAUUGUCUACGUCGCAAGCCCACAUUCGCAUCACUUCCAACAUGCGAUGCUGGCUCUCGAAGGCGGCAAGCACGUCGUCUGCGAGAAACCCCUAACAGUCAACGCCGCACAGGCAAAGGUUCUGUACAAGACGGCAAAGGAGAAGAACCUGUUCUUGCUCGACGCAGUUUGGACACGGUUUUUCCCGCUGAGCAUUCAAGUACGAGAGUCGAUCCAGAAGGGGGAGAUUGGCGAAGUCCUCCGCGUCAUAGCCGAUACGUCCUUUGGCAUCCACCCUGAUAUUUCUCUCAGAGAAACUCCUCGGAAGCUCACUUAUGAGCUUGCUGGUGGAGCUCUGCUGGAAAUUGGCAUUUACUCCAUUACCUGGGUGUUCCAAACGCUUUAUCACACUCUACCGCGAGAUCAACGCAAGCCUCCGUCGAGCAUCUUGUCCUACAUGAACAAAUAUGAGCCCACGAGCGUAGAUCAGACCACGACGGUUCUGCUAUCCUUUCCGACCUCGACCCCUUCCAACCUCCCCAACAGCUCUUCUCAUGGGAUAGCAAUGACGGCCUUUGCCGUAGCUACCGAUCCUGACCAUAAGAACAGUGCUGGCCCGGCGAUCCGUAUCCAGGGCACACGGGGCGAGAUUCAGGUUUACGGGCCUGCCUUCCAGCCUACCCGAUACAGAGUGAUUCCGGCCAAGCAAGGGGAUUUGGCGAUUACCAUCCGCGAUGUUGAGUUGACUUUUCCGGCAAACGGGCACGGCAUGUUUUAUGAGGCAGAUGAAGCAGCGCGAUGCAUUCGAGACGGUAAACUCGAAAGUGAGACCAUGCCUUGGGACGAAAGUAUCCUCGUCAUGGAAGUCAUGGACGAAGUCCGCAAGCAAGGUGGACUUAGAUAUCCGGACUCGAUCGAGUCAGAUGUUAUACAUCACUCUAACAAGUAG